AUGUCCCUAGAAGCAGACAGAGGAGCCAGUGACAAGGACAGUAACAAGAAAGAUGGAGUGAACCUAAAAUGGAUAACUGUUAGUCUGACAGGGCAUCUGGACAGUGAUCAUUCAUUCAUACCAGAUGCAUGCUUCAUCAGAGCCCCAGCUGGAGUGUCCCAGGCCCUACACUGUGACGUAGUGGACGCCCUCAGCUGCUUCAUGGUGACCGGGUCAGAGGAGCUGGUCAGCAGAGUAAUCCAGCUCAGGAUCCAAGAUGGCGCCCACGUGUCUUUCCCUAUCGCAGUAGUCAUUCCCUUUUACACCCGCUACCGUGGCAACUACAGAGACGUCGCCGUUAAGGUGAUGGAUAUGGAGAGGAGAGCUAGCUACGUGUGUCCGGUAAUGACUGAGUGCAACUAUGGUGGGCAAAGGGGCUCCUUUGCAGAGGUGAAGGUGUACUCUCUUGGCCUGUUUGCUGUAGUUUCUUGUUUGAAAAGAGAAAACUACACUGUCCCCAGAAAGGGUUUUUCUCUGAAAUUAUCAAUGGACUCAAGAAUCUGUCUUAAUUAUCUCCCAGGAUCCUUCACUGCUCCUGUCAUGGCACAAGCAAUGCUCCAGCCCUUAGAAGCGGUCCUUCUUUCAGCUGUAAAAUCCAGGAGUGAAGAAUAUCGUGCAGUAGUCUCUACCAGUCCCAUUCUGUACUUGACACAUCCGUUAUGCCAGCCCUUAAGGAGAGCCCUCACCAUCACUCUCCCGUGUGCACCGAAGCCCAAACAGAAGACCAGAGCAUUAGAAGAGAUGGUGCAGUGCUAUAGUCAACACAUGACCACUGCCUCAAAAUGGGAUUCUGCAAGCAGUAUAAGGAUGCUCCCUGAUUGUGCAAAGUCAACUAAAGAGAUUCACAAUGAGUUCCUAGUUCUUCUUGGGUACAGAGAUCAACAGUGGAGCUCAUUGGAGAAAAUUGCCGUCAGGAACCAGCAAAAAGGCCUGGUGUCAUUUGAACUGACAGAGAACUUUGACAGGCUCCUCGUAGUUCGUCUCCUCUCAACACUAAGUCCUUGCCACCUUGUCUCAUUGGUUCAGGAUCUAGAGGAGGCUGUGUAUUGCCACACGGUUGUCAUAGUAAUUCUAAAGCAAAACGAAGACCCCCACGCCAUGAUGGUUGCCGUGGUGCUGAGUAAAGAUCUGACCUGGGAACUGUCCAAGCUGAAGGCCCAGGGAUUCAGCAGCACCACUGGCUGCUCAUUGGAGAUUACAAUGUAUGAGGGAGACCGACUGCUGCUGCACUUCAGUGGGAACAUCAGCUCGGAGGGGGCUCUUAACUCCCAUAAUGAGCACAAGCCUGAGUGGAUUGCCUUUCACAGCCAGAGGACCAAUCACCUCCACGUACGCCUCUGUGUAGUGGACCCGUUUGGAAACCACAGUUCUAGCCACUACAAGGGCACGGCUAUGUUCCAUAAGGUGAGCAGAGGUCAGCUGGACUGGUCAUGUGACGGGUCAUGUGGCUGUCCAGGGUCUGUAAACAUGAAGCUGCUGGGAGAUCCCAUCUGUAAGCUGCCUCUCACACUCCCCAAGAAAGCAAAGAAUAUUAGUCAGCCAAGUAUAAUUCAGGUGAAGAUUUGUGAAGAUACAACUCACUCCCUGUCCGACUCCCUUCUGCUCUGGAUCUCGGAGCAGCUUUCGGCGGAGGAGUUGUCCCGGCUGGUUGUGUCCCUGCGUCUGCGUCGGAGCUCGGCCCAGCUCGUGAAGCUCCGAGCGGGUAACAGUCUGUCCGGACAGGCCCUCCACCUCCUGCUCAUGUGGAGAAGAGCUCUGCCCGCCUCUCCGCACCAGUCCAACGUCAAUCAUUUGGCCCACUGCUUAGCCAAGAGCGGCAGACCGGAUCUGGCCAGGGAACUUCUGCUCAGACAGACUGCGAACUCCAGCCAGGCCUCAGGGGAAGCUUAG